CAGGAGGAGGAGUAUGCCGAGGGGGAGGAUGACGCUGAGGUCCAGCAGGAGUGCCUCCACAAGUUUUCCACCCGGGACUACAUCAUGGAGCCCUCCAUCUUCAACACUCUCAAGAGGUACUUUCAGGCAGGAGGGUCUCCAGAGAACGUGAUCCAGCUCUUGUCAGAGAACUACACUGCUGUGGCCCAGACUGUCAACUUGCUGGCGGAGUGGCUCAUUCAGACAGGCGUUGAACCCGUGCAGGUGCAGGAGACCGUGGAGAAUCACUUGAAGAAUUUAUUGAUCAAACACUUUGACCCCCGCAAAGCAGACUCUAUUUUUACUGAAGAAGGAGAGACCCCAGCUUGGCUUGAACAAAUGAUUGCACAUACCACAUGGAGAGAUCUUUUCUACAAACUGGCUGAAGCCCACCCAGACUGUUUGAUGCUUAACUUCACUGUUAAGCUUAUUUCUGACGCAGGGUACCAAGGGGAGAUAACCAGUGUAUCCACAGCCUGCCAGCAGCUGGAGGUGUUCUCUAGAGUACUCCGUACCUCUCUGGCUACAAUUUUGGAUGGAGGAGAAGAAAACCUUGAAAAAAAUCUUCCUGAGUUUGCCAAAAUGGUGUGCCAUGGGGAGCACACAUACCUGUUUGCCCAGGCCAUGAUGUCCGUGCUGGCUCAAGAGGAGCAGGGCGGCUCCGCCGUGCGCAGGAUCGCUCAGGAGGUCCAGCGCUUCGCCCAGGAGAAAGGCCAUGAUGCCAGUCAGAUCACACUAGCACUAGGCACGGCAGCCUCCUACCCGAGGGCGUGCCAGGCCCUGGGGGCUAUGUUGUCCAAAGGAGCCCUGAAUCCGGCUGACAUCACAGUCCUGUUCAAGAUGUUUACGAGCAUGGACCCGCCUCCUGUGGAACUCAUCCGGGUGCCAGCCUUCCUGGACCUGUUCAUGCAGUCGCUCUUCAAACCUGGCGCCAGGAUCAACCAGGACCACAAGCACAAGUACAUCCACAUCUUGGCGUAUGCGGCCAGCGUGGUGGAGACCUGGAAGAAGAACAAGCGAGUGAGCAUCAACAAGGAUGAGCUGAAGUCAACAUCGAAGGCCGUGGAAACCGUUCACAAUCUGUGCUGUAAUGAGAACAAAGGAGCCUCUGAACUGGUGGCCGAGCUGAGCACACUCUACCAGUGCAUCAGGUUUCCAGUGGUGGCGAUGGGUGUGCUGAAGUGGGUGGACUGGACCGUGUCAGAGCCACGGUACUUCCAGCUUCAGACUGACCACACCCCGGUGCACCUGGCGCUGCUGGAUGAGAUCAGCACCUGCCACCAGCUCCUGCACCCCCAGGUCCUGCAGCUGCUGGUGAAACUUUUUGAGACGGAGCACUCCCAGCUGGACGUGAUGGAACAGCUUGAGUUGAAGAAGACCCUGUUGGACAGGAUGGUACACCUGCUGAGUCGAGGUUAUGUACUUCCUGUUGUCGGUUACAUCCGCAAGUGUCUGGAGAAGCUGGACACUGACAUUUCUCUCAUUCGCUAUUUUGUAACCGAGGUGCUCGACGUCAUAGCUCCGCCAUACACCUCUGACUUCGUGCAGCUUUUCCUCCCCAUCUUGGAAAACGACAGCAUCGCAGGCACCAUUAAGACUGAAGGUGAACAUGACCCUGUGACAGAAUUUAUAGCUCACUGCAAGUCCAACUUCAUCCUGGUGAACUGACCCAGUACCCUCCGGAGCCAAAGCGAACAUUCCAGACUGGGGAAACGCCUUCCAGACCAAAGGGGCUCAGUCAGCACCUCGGAAAUGCGUUCAUGGGGUGAAUGGCCUUUUUAAAAAGGAAAAUGUGAGCAAGAUAAGUGGAAAAUUGCUGUUAUGAGUGGUCCCCUCGCCUUGUCAGUUCUGUUCACAGUAUUCUCUCCCCCAGUAGGGCCUUUGUUCAGGUUACUUCUCGGGAUGGGUGGUGGGAAUUCAGAAGCUGAAACAUUUAAAUCAACUGCUUGCAAAGCUGACUUAUGUUUUCUCACAAGAACCUGAUUAGUUAUUUCAUUUCAUUGUUUUAAUUUCCCAAGGACAAAUAAAAACUUUCCUGUUGGGUUGAAA